AUGUGGGCUGCCCCUCUAGGAGCCCAAGCAUCCCCGAAAGCUUCAACUCUGGAGGCGAUGGGUCGAAAGGAAGAAGACUCCAGCUCCUGGAAGAAACAGACCACCAACAUCCGGAAAACCUUCAUCUUCAUGGAAGUGCUGGGAUCAGGAGCUUUUUCAGAAGUUUUCCUGGUGAAGCAAAGGAUGACUGGGAAGCUCUUUGCCCUGAAGUGCAUCAAGAAGUCACCUGCCUUCCGGGACAGCAGCCUGGAGAAUGAGAUUGCCGUGUUGAAAAAGAUCAAGCAUGAAAACAUCGUGACCCUGGAGGACAUCUAUGAGAGCACCACUCACUACUACCUGGUCAUGCAGCUUGUUUCUGGCGGGGAACUCUUUGACCGGAUCCUGGAGCGGGGUGUCUACACCGAGAAGGAUGCCAGCCUGGUGAUCCAGCAGGUCUUGUCAGCAGUGAAAUACCUCCACGAGAAUGGCAUCGUCCACAGAGACUUGAAGCCUGAAAACCUGCUGUACCUAACCCCUGAAGAGAAUUCUAAGAUCAUGAUCACAGACUUUGGUCUGUCCAAGAUGGAACAGAGUGGAGUCAUGUCCACUGCCUGUGGGACCCCGGGCUAUGUGGCUCCGGAAGUGUUGGCACAGAAGCCCUACAGCAAGGCUGUGGAUUGCUGGUCUAUUGGCGUCAUCACUUACAUAUUGUUGUGCGGGUAUCCCCCCUUCUAUGAAGAAACUGAGUCUAAGCUUUUUGAGAAGAUCAAGGAGGGCUACUAUGAAUUUGAAUCUCCAUUCUGGGAUGACAUUUCUGAGUCAGCCAAGGAUUUUAUUUGCCACUUGCUGGAGAAGGACCCGAAUGAACGGUACACCUGUGAGAAGGCUUUGAGGCACCCCUGGAUCAAUGGAAACACAGCCCUCCACCGGGACAUCUACCCAUCAGUCAGUCUCCAGAUCCAGAAGAACUUUGCCAAGAGCAAGUGGAGGCAAGCCUUCAAUGCAGCAGCUGUGGUGCAUCACAUGAGGAAGCUGCACAUGAACUUGCACAGCCCAGGCAUCCACCCAGAGGUGGAGAACAGGCCUCCCGUCACUCAAGCCUCAGAAGCCUCCAGACCCAGCUCCUCUGAGCUCACCAUCACCGAGGCACCUGCCCUGGACCAGAGUGGCGCACUUCCUGCCCUGCCCCGGCUGCCCUGCCAGCACGGCCCCCGGACCGCUGCGCCCGGUGGCAGGUCCCUCAACUGCCUGGUCAAUGGCUCGCUCCGCAUCAGCAGCAGCCUGGUGCCCAUGCAGCAGGGGCCCCUGGCCGCUGGGCCCUGUGGCUGCUGUUCUAGUUGCCUGAGCAUCGGGAGUAAAGAGAAGUCCUCUUACUGCUCCGAACCCACACUCCUCAAAAAAGCUAACAGAAAACAGAACUACAAAUCAGAGGUCAUGGUGCCGGUUAAAGCCAGCGGCAGUUCCCACUGCCGGGCGGGGCAGACUGGAGUCUGUCUCAUCAUGUGA